UCGUACCACCAGAUUUCCUCGCAACCUCGGGAAGCGAUUGGAUAGUGCGAUCUCUGAUGGUCAGAUCUCGCAGCAAAUCUGACGCAAAGCAUGGUAAUCGUUGGCUGGCCUGUUCUUCUGUUACCGUUGUUAACAAACAAGAUGAGUCAGGUGUAUAUUUCAAUAAAGAGUACCUUCUUAGAGACUGCACGUAGAUGUGCUGGAAUAAUUGGUAAAGAAACAAAGAUGCAUCCAUCGGACGAAUCAGGGUCCUGCGCUCUGGCGUAUAUUCUUUACACGCGCAGCUUCUUCUGGCUCCUCCCCGCCACUCCGUUGCCUCUUCCUCUUUCCUUGAGUUGUUGCUCGCUGAGCGGCUGUCUCGUGAAAAGAGCAGGGCAUUGAGGUUCGUCGGUUCUAAUUCCUUGAUGGCGAUAGGUCCACUAGCAGAAGGCGGGGCGUGUCUUCAAAGCUUCUGGAGCAGAUUGCGAGGAUGAAAAUGCCUUUCCUACAAAUUUUUCGUCGAAA